CUUCAAACGUCUUUGAGACAUCGCCGAGUACGAUCGACAGCUGUUUGUAAAUACGUAAACCAAACAUACAAAUACGAAUUUGUUUAUUAUUAAUUAUACUUGAUUCGCGUGUGUUUUUAUUUCGUUUGCCUGAGAAAAUGGCGUUACAGUUCGUUUUAUGGAGGAACUUAAUGUUUUUGAUGGCGCUGUUCCUUUGUAUCGCACUGGUUCGGACCGCCACCUCAAGACCGCCCUGGUUGGCGCCGGGCAGUCAGAUCUUCACGGAGUCAGCUGAAUGUCACACAGACGACGAGUUGUUGGAUUUAUGCCAGAGAUGCGCCAAGCUUACCAAAUCAAAGCUAGCCUAUCCGGCUUGCUGCUCGAAAGAUCUUAAGGCGAGGAAAUGGUGUUCGGACUACGUGUACUUCGGUAGAGGUUGUGACUACUGAUCGGUGAACGUUUGAUGGCGGUAGGCAGCGGCUUGGCUCUGGCAUUGCUGAAGUCCAUGGGCGUCGGUAACCACUCACCAUCAGGUGGGCUGUAUGCCCGUCUGCCUACAAAGGCAAUAAAAAAAAAAGUAGCUUUGUACCCUUUAAACACUCAAAAAGAAACUUAAAUAGUUCUCUCUUAAAUAAUCCUAUCUUAAAUAGUUAUCUCUUAAAUAAUCCUGUCUUAAAUAGUUCUCUCUUAUAUAAUCUGGUCUUAAAUAGCCUUGUCCUUAAUAAUCCUGUCUUAAAUGGUCUUGUCUUAAAUAAUAGAGGCAAAGCGAGCGCUCGCGGAGGUAGUAACCACUAUACUUUCCUGAUAUAAAGCAGGACCGUACUUGUUUGAUUAAGACCACAAUCCUAUGUUUCAAGGCGGACCACAUUCACAUUGCUACGAACUCUUUAGUACUACAAAAAACAAAUGCUUUAACCGUUUGCCGUGUGAUAUUUAUAUUGUUUUAUAAGUUAAAUGCUUAAUAGAACUAGUGUUUGCUCAAUGAUAUUCGCUGACAUAUUGUUUUUUGUACCAUGUGUGUUUUGUUGAGUGGAGACUGCGAAUUGGCUUAUGUAGGGCUCGGUGGAGUGAGAAUCUGUGCAGGGUGGCUGGCAGGAGCUGGAUGAGAGGAGCCGAGGAUUAUGCUCAGUGGCGUGUAAUUGGAGAGGCCUAUGUCUAGCAAUAAACUGCUAUAGGAUCAUGAUGAUGAUGAUUUUGUGUAUUUUCUAUUACGGUUUCUCUUUUUUAUUUUUUUUAUUUAUGUUAAUAUAUUAUAGAAAAAACUGAAAAUAUGUUUAGUUGGUAAUACAUGAGAAAAACGUACUGAGGUUUUUUUGUUUUUUUUUUAUUGCCUAGAUGGGUAGACGACCUCACAGCCCACCUGGUGUUAAGUGGUUACUGGAGCCCAUAGACAUCUACAACGUAACUGCGCCACUCACCUUGAGAUAUAAGUUCCAAGGUCUCAAGUAUAGUUACAACGGCUGCCCCACCCUUCAAACCGAAGCGCAAUACUAUUUCACGGCAGAAAUAGGCAGGGUGGUGGUACCUACCCGCGCGGACUCACAAGAGGUCCUACCAUCAGUAAUAGUGAAUCGUUUUAUCUUUGGCCUUUGUGUAUAUACACUAAAUUAAAUGUUGAAUAAUAUUAUUUUGAAUACAUAAGCCAAACAUAUUAUUUUAUCUAGGUUUAAGGAGAUAUGCUCAAAUCAUACGUAAGAUUGUAAAUUUUUAUAUAUUAUUUCGUUCUUGUAUCCUUAUUGUGAUUUACUAAUGAAUUGUUAGGAUAUGUGUAGGCCACGAUUAACUUAAACAUGUUUUUUUUCAAAUGAUUCAUUGAUUUUGUACAAUAAUGAUUUAUUUUAAAUCGGAAUAGUUUCAAAUGAUUUUUAUGGUAACUCAUUGCUUGUUAUUUUAAUUAGUCGAGUUAUCCAGUAGCACAAAUCCAUGGAAUGAUAAUUAAUUUAAGAAUAAUUGCUCGUCGAGAUUUUUUUAAAUGUAUCAUAAUAUAAUAAUUGUAAUAAUAUGAUAGACAUUUUUUUUUUUUUUUUUUUAUGAUUGAAAGAUUACUGGUGGCCCGAAGGCCUUUCCAGUUUCACCAGGACAGGUGGGCGAGCAAAGGCUCAGCCAAGAGGGGUGGGAUUUGCUAACAACUGCCCGAGCGCCUCCGAAGGAGACCUAACAACUCAAGAGCAAUUGUUUCGCGAAUGAAUCUACUACCGGAUCGGAAUCGCGACCCGCUGAGAAGAUCCGGCGAGAAACUCAGCGGGCUGAUGCAUGGGUUAGGUUGCACGUCGACCUCUUUGUCGAGUUCGACGAGUACGGUUACCGGGGUCCCUAAGCCUGCCCCUAGUAUUAGAGCUGAAGGCAUCUAAUGCAAAGGUUAUUGGAUCUGAUGGAUCCGUAAGGACGUGUCUAGGGCGUCGACGGUGACUGGCUCCUGCAUGAUCAGGAUUCGGGGAGUAGUCAGCGGCGGCAACGAUAAGGCGAUUAUCAUGACGCAUAGCCUUAUCGAAGUAUCGUUCCGACGCUGACUUCAUGUAUUUCCGAAUUGAUUCGAGGCCCAGGUCGUCGUGUAGGUCAACGUUCCUCACGAACCACGGAGCCCCGACAGCUAACCUGCAAAAGCGGGAUUGUAGGGAUUGGAGGGUGUCUAUGUGUGUGCGGGCCGCGUGAGCGAACACCACACUCGCGUAAGUCAUGACGGGCCUUAUGCAAGUUUUGUAAAGUGUCACCUUGUUCCGAAGGGACAUUUUACUCCGCUUACAGAUCAUGGGGUAGAGUCUACCGAGAAUAAACGCGGCACGGUCACGGACUGAUUUUAUAUGCGGGCGGAAUGUCAUCGAUGCAUCCAGGGUAACGCCCAGGUACUUGACCUUCCUGGCCCAGGGUAUGGGUUGUCUAAAGAGAGUAAUCGGGGGUGUGAGAUUCCUCCUCCUAAUCCGGGAGGAAAUCCGUGUGGAGCUUCCCCUCUGAAAUAGCACCGCAGUACUUUUCGCUGGGUUGAUGUCUAUGCGCCAUUUUCGGAACCACUGUCCUAGGGCUAGGGCUGCGCUCUGAAGCUUCUUCGCGAUUAGGGACUUAUUUCUACUAGAAUAGUAAACAGUCGUGUCGUCGGCGAAUAAAGCUAAAUGGGUCGGCGGCGACCGGGGAAUAUCGUUGACGAAUAAGCUAAAUAGGAGGGGUGAGAGGACAGAGCCUUGCGGGACUCCAGCUGUGAGAGGUCGUGGGGAGGAGCGGGUUCCCUCGACUCGAUAUCGAAAAGAGCGGUUCGACAAGAAGUCUCGUAUGAUGAGCACGAGACUAUCCGGCACGCCCAUGUUGAAUAGUUUGAAAAUCAAACCAUUGUGCCAGACUUUGUCGAACGCUUUUGCGACGUCGAAGAAGAGAGCUCCCGUGUAUAACGGUUUUGGUCGAUUAAGCCCCACAAGAAUGUGCUCCGUGAGGCGGUGCACCUGUUGAACGCAUGAGUGAUUUGUACGGAAUCCGAAUUGUUCAUCGAUAAGAAUGCCCUUGGAUGAGACGAAGUCUCUGAGGCGUUUGUAGAGCAGACGCUCAUACAGUUUGCCUAGAGACAUGAGGAGGCUAAUCGGGCGGUAGCUCGUCGGAUGAUUUUUUGGUUUACCGGGUUUAUGUAUGCCGAUAACGUCCGCUUCUUUCCACACCGCGGGAAAGAUACAGUUCGCCAUAGCGGCAUUGAAAAUAGAUGCCAACAUCACGAUGAGUUGGACGGGUAGAAGUUUAAUAACGCGGUUGGAUAUACCGUCGGAAUCGGGAUGAUAGACAUAUCUUUAAGUCUAUUGUAAUCUAUAUCUAUCUAUUAUAUAGAUAGUGGUAUUAGCUAAUUGUAAACAUAUUAAUAAUAUUUUACGUAUCUGAUAUUAUUGUUUGUGUAAAAAUUAUAUUAUGUUUAAACCAACAAAAAUGGCUGUGAUAGAAAUUUUAUUAAAAAAAAUAUGUUUCUUGAAAAUAAAUUAUUUUAAGAAA